AUCUUGUUUACACAUGACUGUCUGCAUGCGAGGCCGGAUGUCUUAGCGAGUGUGAGCCGAAGACAAACCGCUGCAGGAUGGAGCAGAAGGUCCUCCAGUAUGAAACGUUCAUCGAGGAAGUUCUGAGGAGAGACCUGCGGAAGGUUCUUGAGCACAGAGACCAGGUCUAUGAGGAAAUCUCUCAGUAUCUGCUGCUUAAGAACACCAUUCAGAGUCUGCAGGAGGCGGGGUCUCAGAGGCUGCAGACCGACGUGGAUCUGGGCUGCAACUUCUUUGUCCAGGCUGAAGUUGAGGACCCGUCGAGGAUUUUUGUAGCGGUGGGCUUCGGUUUCUUCGUGGAGAUGUCUCUUGAUGAGGCUCUGCGCUUCAUCGAGAAGAAGACAAGUCAGCUGACAGCCUUCACAGAGCAGCUCACGAAGGACUCCGCCAAAAUAAGAGCCAACAUCCGUAUGGUGCUGGAGGGUCUGCGGGAACUGCAGGGGCUCAGCGACCCAGUCGACAGCCCACGAAGAGACAUUCUGUCAUAAAACUGGACAUCCGGCUGUCAUGGAGCCAAACCUACCGGCCAAGAAGAAAGAAAUGCCUUUAUUCUGGAAGAAACUUGAUGAACACUGAUACGGAUGAAGCCCCCACCAAUCAGGGAGAGGCACCUGACAGAUGACGGCUGAUUUUCACUUUCAACGUGUUAAAGAACUAAAACCACUCGUCGGAAGGAAGAGGAACUGUUUGGUUGAUCAGCAAAGUUCUUUAUGUUUAGAUGCAACAGAUAUGCUGGGGGGGUCAGAGUGAUGUCAUGACCUCUACUGUACAGUCGUCCCUUUUGCUGCAUAGAAACAUGAGCUGAGGGCAGAGUCUGAUCAUGGAGUUGUAACCAGACUAAAAGCGUUAUUCACUGGUUUGAUUUGAUGCUUAGAGUGAAUUUGGUUUUCUUAGCAAAAGUUCCGCCUGUAAGGUCUGCUGCUCAGAAACAGCAGAUGAAAGAUAAAAGAUGAAGCACGAAGUCUGACAGGAAAAUCCACAAAAAGUGAGUGUUUGGGUGAUGAUUAUGUUCAGUUGGUAAUAUAUCUCUCAUCGUGUUGGGAAGCCUUUGUUUUCACCUUCACAUGGGAGCGCAUUUGUGUGGAGCAACCAGAAGAGAAGAUUCAGGGUUGAUGUGAUAAAACACGCUAAAGCUUAUCUGUCAAAACA